AUGUCUGACCGUUUGGGUUUGGAAAACGAUCUCUUUGAACUAUCUCACUCAUCUUCAUUUGAUGACAUAGAGGGUGUUUUUGGUGGGCGUGAUGAUUUGGGGGUCCACAGCUUUGUAAAGAUUGAAAAGGAGUGGUUGAUCGAUCCCUACCAGCUAUUCAUUGGGUCCAUGAUCAGUGAAGGCCCCUACUCCAUUGUCUACGAAGGAUCGUAUAAAUCUGAGCCCGUCGCAAUAAAAGUAAUACAGCCAGACAAUUCAUCAGCCGUGAGUCCUGAACGCCAAGAGAAAUUUGAGAGGGAGGUUACAAUGCUGUCCGGAGUCAAGCAUGAUAACAUUGUGAAGUUUAUUGGCGUCUCUUUGGCACCAACCAUGAUGCUAAUCACAGAGCUUAUGAGAGGUGGUACUCUUCAGAAGUACUUGUGGAGCAUCCGUCCAAAGAGUCCAGAUCUGCGGGUCUCCAUUAGUUUUGCAUUGGGAAUUUCUCGCGCAAUGGAAUAUUUGCAUGCAAAUGGCAUCAUUCACCGUGACUUGAAGCCCAGCAAUCUACUUCUCACGGAGGACAAGAAUAACAUUAAGCUAGCUGAUUUUGGUUUAGCUAGGGAGGAGGAAUUGGGUGAAAUGACUACUGAGGCUGGUACUUAUCGGUGGAUGGCCCCUGAGUUGUUCAGCACAUACCCACUCAAACUGGGAAUGAAGAAACACUACAAUCAUAAGGUGGAUGUCUACAGCUUCUCAAUGGUCCUUUGGGAGUUGCUCAUGAACAAGACUCCAUUCAAGGGGAGGAACAACGUAAUGGUGGCAUACGCUGCAGCUACAAACUUGAGGCCUAGCAUUGAUAACAUUCCAAAGGAUAUUGCUCCUCUCUUGCAGUCCUGUUGGGCAGAAGACCCAUCGGACCGACCAGAAUUCAUCCAAAUCACAGACUUCCUUUCAAACUUCCUCCACUUCAUGUGUCCACCGCAGACCACACCACCGAAGCUGUUUGAGGUUGAACAUCCAAAGAUCAUAAUAACAGAAGACUCUCCAGGCACUGUUCAUCUAACCAACAAGUGUGACAAGAACAAGUGGAGGACCAAGAGCCGAUGCCGCCGAUUCCUGCAUUGCUUAGGUGACUGUUUCUGAUGGGGCUGAGAGACUCGUCGUGGUGGUAGAUUCUGAGUUUUUUUGUAAACAUUUGUUUCUUCAUUCUCAUACAUGUAGAACAAAAGGGAUCAUGCAUUACAAUCGAGUUUGCAUUUGUCAUUAUGGACAUUGUAUAUAAAAUUAUAGAAAUCAUAGGAGAAAAAGAAAGAAAUGUAUUAGAUAAUAUCAAGUUGCUUCCAUUCCCUCAACUCAGUUGGUU